AUGACACCUCGGGGAGUUGGAGGGUGGGGGACACAAUGUCCUCUUUCUCUCCCACACCCGGCCCGGGCCCCUCCCGUCCCUCUCCCGCAGGCCCAGCCACAGUCGACCCGCUCGGUCCGCGGGCGUGGUUGGCUCCGGCCCCGGCGGCGGCGGCCGGGCCUCCCCGAGUCCUGGCCCCUCCCGCCGGCCAGGCAGGCCCCCGGGCCGCCGCCCCGGACACCAAGGGAACACGGAGGAGGAAGGGGGAGCCAGGGGACUGACCGGCGAGAGGAGCCGCCUCGGCCCGGACUCGCCCGACCCGCGCCCCUCGCUCCCUCGGGGGCCGGCUCCGGCUCCCCGCCCCUCACUCACCCCCCCGGUCCGGCACCUCCUCCACCUCCUCCUCCUCCUCCUCCCUCCUCUCGGCCGUGGCUCCUGCUCCGGCUCUACGCGGCGACGGUGGCGGUAGCGGCCUCGAGAGCAGCGGCGGCGGAGCCUCCAGAACGCGCACGCACGCAGCACGCAGGCCCCGCCCCCAAGCUCCGCCCCGCCCCUUCGAGUCGGCGUCGGCAAGGUUUCGGCCCCGCCUUCCCCGCGGCUUUCCGGAGUCCGCUUAAAGGGGACGCUCAGGAAGGAGGUGGAAGCGCUAAGAACGCCGCGGGGGAGGAGUGGGGAGCUUCGGCUUUUAGCUUGGGCUGGGUUGGCGGGGGCGGGGAGGGAAGCCGGAAACGAAAUGAGAAACGGUUCGAAGAUUCAGGAGGAGAAGAAUUUUGGAGGGAAUACGACAAGUACUAA